AUGUUGCUGAAACGAGGAGCAAUUGUAGACAAAAAAGCCGAUAAUGAGAGGUGUCCUGGGUAUGCGCCUUUGCAUAUGGUAGCCAAAUACGGUCGGCUAGGACGAAAACUAGCGAGCAAGCGAGAAGGUUCUAGGCUUAAAUUGAAAUAAAUUAAUGAUUCAUCGGCACGACGCUAUCAGCCUUUGCUAGAAACAGAUCAAAUUCCCGACGACAUCGACUCCUGUACUGCCAUUAUCAAUCUCUUGGUAAAAUAUGGAGCAGACGUGGACAUCCCUGACAAAUUUGGGUUGACCCCAAUGCAUCAUGCUGCACAGAAGAAUAACGAAGUAGGAGCACGUGCGCUUAUUGAGAAUAACGCUAAAAUCAAC